AUGUCGAUGUACACUUUGAGCGGUGACUCGUCUCAAGAGAAAGCUGUGAAGCUUUCCAGCAGAGGUGGAGUGACCAACGCGAUCGAAGGAAGACACAACAAAACUGCAGAUGUUGUGGGAAAGGGCCCAGAGACUACCCUUGCUGAUGGGUCGGACAUCCCAGAAAAAGAAGAUGCGCUUCAAAUAAACGUCACGGCCCACGAUUGGAACGGCCCUGAUGAUCCAGAGAACCCACUCAACUGGCCCUUAUGGCAGCGGAUCUACCACACAACAGUACCGAGCUUAUUUGGUUUUGCUGUCACUUUGGGUUCUUCAGUAUACACACCAGGCUAUCCUGACGUUGAAAAAAGAUUCAAGGUUUCGUCAACAGUAGCUCUGCUACCUCUUUCGCUCUAUGUACUUGGUCUUGCCUUCGGGCCCGUUCUGGCUGCACCGAUCUCAGAGACCCUGGGCCGGAGGGUCGUGUAUCUGAUUUCCUCGCCGAUCGCAGCAAUGUUCACCUUGGGCGCUGGCUUCUCGAAUACCAUUGCUGCCUUGGCUAUCACUCGGUUCUUCGCAGGUUUCUUCGGAUCACCAGCCUUAGCCGUCGGUGCAGGCACCAACGUGGAUUUAUGGGCCCCAGUCCAUCGCGCUGCUGCCGCAUCCGCGUUCCUGCUUGCGCCGGUCCUGGGUCCGGCUAUCGGGCCGGCUGUGGGAGGGUUUGCUGCGCAGUACAAAGGAUGGAGGUGGACACAGUGGCCGAUAUUGUUCCUUUUGGUCCCUGUCUACUUAUACUCGCUCGGUAUGAAGGAGACGUACAAGAAGAUCAUCUUGCAAAAGCGUGCGAAGCGACUGGGGAUACCUCCACCGCCAAAAGUGGGCCCGUCAGGAUUAGCAGCUGUCAAAUUCUUAAUCACAGUCACACUCUUCCGGCCAGUCCGGAUGAUCUUCACAGAGCCUAUAGUCUUCUUCUUCAGCUUUUACAUUGGCUUCAACUUCUCCGUUCUCUUCGCGUUCUUCGACGCUUUUCCAAUCGUUUUUGAGGGCGUCUACCAUUUCGACCGCGGCUUUUCCGGCUUGACGUUCCUUGGCAUUGGCUUCGGAUCCUGCCUAGGAGUGGCAACCACCAUGAUUUUCAACAGACUGCGUUAUCACAAAGAAUAUCUUAGAAGUCAUAAAGAAGGCAGAGGUGGUGCCGUCGCACCAGAACAUCGUUUGUAUGCGGCAAUGAUAGGUAGCUUUGGUGUACCAGUUGGCCUGUUUUGGUUUGCAUGGACAUCACGUCAUGACGUCCAUUGGAUCAGCCCAGUGCUUGCAACGGUUCCUUUCGCAUGGGGCAACAUCUCCAUUUUCAACGCUGCGACGCUGUAUCUUGUCGAUGUUUACGGACCACUGAACGGUGCCUCGGCAUUGGCGGCCACUGGUCUGGUCAGGUAUAUAGCAGGAGCUGUUUCUCCUCUCUUCACUGUCCAGAUGUAUGAUAGAAUGGGUAUCGCAUGGGCUACCAGUCUGCUCGGGUUCUUGUCGUUGACGAUGUUGCCGAUCCCUUGGGUAUUGUUCAAGUUCGGUCCGCAGGUCAGGGAGAAGAGUCAUUUCGACACUAUCAAGGCAUAG